UGGGCCGGGCGCUGUUGGCCGUGGCCAUUGUCUCCCGCCGGGUUUUCCCCCCCUUCCCGCCGGCCCGGCGCUCUCAGCCGCCCGUUAAAAGAGCAGGCAAGAUGGCCGAGCUGGGCAGCAAAGGGGUGACGGCCGGUAAGAUCGCCAGCAACGUGCAGAAGAAGCUCACCAGGGCGCAGGAGAAGGUCCUUCAGAAGCUUGGGAAAGCAGACGAAACAAAAGAUGAGCAGUUUGAGCAGUGCGUGCAGAACUUCAACAAGCAGCUGUCUGAAGGCACAAGGCUGCAGAAGGAUCUCCGAACUUACUUAGCUUCUGUAAAAGCUAUGCAUGAAGCCUCCAAGAAGCUGACGGAGUGUUUGCAGGAAGUUUAUGAGCCAGACUGGCCUGGGAGAGAUGACACAAAUAAAAUAGCAGAGAACAAUGACCUGCUCUGGACGGAUUUCCAUCAGAAACUGGUGGAUCAGGCACUUCUGACCAUGGAUACGUAUCUUGGCCAAUUCCCAGAUAUCAAAUCUCGCAUAGCAAAGCGAGGAAGGAAGCUUGUGGAUUAUGACAGUGCCAGACACCACUUUGAAGCACUGCAAACUGCAAAGAAGAAGGAUGAAACCAAAAUUGCAAAGCCUGUUUCGCUGCUUGAGAAAGCUGCGCCUCAGUGGUGUCAAGGGAAGCUACAAGCUCACCUCGUUGCACAAACUAAUCUGCUCCGAAAUCAGGCUGAAGAAGAGUUAGUAAAGGCUCAGAAGGUGUUUGAAGAAAUGAACAUUGAUCUGCAGGAGGAGCUGCCUUCACUAUGGAAUAGUCGUGUUGGUUUCUACGUCAACACAUUCCAGAGUAUAGCAGGCCUAGAAGAAAACUUCCACAAAGAAAUGAGCAAGUUGAACCAAAACCUCCAUGACGUCCUGCUGGGUCUAGACAAGCAGUACUCCGGCAAUGCCUUUCCCAUUAAAGCACAGCCCAGUGACAGCACCCCAGCGAAAGCAAAUAAAAGCCCUUCGCCUCCACCAGAUGGAUCUCCCAUCACCAGCCCUGAGACCAAGACUGUCAACCAUGAGCUGGAGCCGUCCACUCUGGAAGCGCCUGGGGCGAGCAUCCCGAAGUCACCAUCUCAGUUGAGGAAAGGGCCUCCGGUGCCUCCGCCUCCAAAAGUCACCCCUUCCAAGGAGAUCAAGCAGGAGAACAUCAUUAACCUCUUUGAUGACAACUUUGUCCCAGAAAUCAAUGUGACAACUCCAUCACAGUUUGAUGCCCCUGGGCCCUUCCAGGAGGGAGCCAGCCUGUUGGAUCUGGAUUUUGAUCCCAUUAAACCAGAUGCCACUAUGGGGAAGACCCCCACACCUGCUUCUCAGUCUUUACCUUGGGAUUUAUGGGAGCCUGCAGAAGCAGCCCAUGCAGGAGCUGAAGCAGCUGGAUCUGAAGCAGCAGCUGGAGCUGAAGCAUCUAAAACCGAAGGUGAUUCAGGAUCGAGCUCUCUGCCUGCUGUCGUUGUGGAGACUUUCCCUGCUACAGUCAAUGGCACCGUGGAAGGAGGCGCUUCCUCUGAAAGAGCUGACAUGCCCCCAGGAUUUCUGUUCAAGGUCCAGGCUAUGCAUGAUUACACAGCUACUGACAGUGAUGAGUUGCAGCUGAAGGCCGGGGAUGUGGUGCUUGUGAUUCCAUUUGAGAACCCUGAGGAGCAGGACGAAGGAUGGCUGAUGGGUGUGAAGGAGUCUGACUGGAUCCAGCAUAAGGAACUUGACCAAUGCCGAGGGGUUUUCCCUGAGAAUUUCACAGAGCGGGUGCAGUGAAAGCCCAAGCCCGCCAGCCACGUUUCUGCUGGAAGAAAGCAAGAUUUCUGGUAGAUAAUUGAAAAAGAGCAGUAAAAAAGAAAAGAAGAGAAUUUUAAAGGAACAGAAGCCUGAAAAAAUUGUCAACUUAAAAGGGUGUGUGCUUUUCAAAGGGCAAGGUUUCAGAAGUAAACUGCAAUUCAAAGCAUUAUCAAAAUAUAUAAAUACUACUACUACUAAGGCAGACCAAUUACGCUCUUCCCCCUUUGGUUUAACAGUGUUUGAAUUCAGAGGACUGACACAGAAGCAACUCAGUGUGGUUCUUUAAAUGCUGCGUUGACUGAACUGACGCGAUGUCAGUCCGAGCCCUGGAAAGUCAGCAUUUGUCUAUUGGCUUGAGAGCAAAAGCUGCAUUUGCUCUUGGGUGGGUUCACCUGUUUUGUCUUGAAGGUGGCUUGCAUGGCAACUAGAAAAAUUCAGCCUUCCCCACAAGGUCAACCUACAGUAGGCCAAACUUCUGUGAUGCUGUUGGAAAAAAAAUAUUUAGUGUAUAGUGUUCAACAAUACAAUGUAUGUGUGUGCGUAUUUUAUUUUCUUCCUUUAAAACAGUGUUAUACAAACUAAUUUUGUAUGUGUAAAGAAAGGAGAAACUAUGUGGUAAUGACACGGAGGUGAAAUGAGUCAAGCUGUGCUCAGUCCAAAGUUCUUUCAACUGCAAGCACCUAAAUUCUCACAGUAGUGUAUUGGCCUGUGAAAGCUAAAGGGAAUGGAGGAACUGAAGAGGAUGAACAAGACAAAAAGAGCAGAUGCCAUUUAGAUGGCUCUGAAAUUUCGGAGAGGGAAUGCCCUGCCCCCACAAGGCCUGUAGGCACUUUCAGAAGAGUUUAAAUUUAUGUAGAUGGAAGAUAGAUCUCGAAGCUGAAAGGAAAAUGUGUUUUUAAAGAAAAUGUAAAGGAAAUUUUUCUUCUGAAAGGAUGUCUAAGAAAAAACAAUGAGGGAAAAACCAUUUGCUUUCUGUCUUUUUAAUUGGCAUUGUUAUCUGUGGAAUGGUAUUUUUUACUUUCCUUUGAAGACUUCUGUCAGUGAACUCUUAUUAGAUCAGCUUUCUCCAGUGCUGUGCUGGUGAUGAAGUUAACCUCUAAGAAAACUGGACUCUCAAAAUAUUCAUUUAAAACGACUGCAUGACUUCUUGAUAUUUUAACGCAUUAGAAGAGGAAGACAAGAAUAUCAAAGUGUCAGUGUCAAGAGGACACUCUGCAGUCUAAUACUGAUGCUGAGACCUUUCCUAGACCUUUCCUAUGCUCCUGUUUGUUUUUGAGUUUUGUUUUUUAGUUGAAACAAGCAGAUGACAAAGCUGUUUCAAAGUGCAUAUUACACUUGUUAAAGUAAGCUGGUCUGACCCUCCGAGACUCUGAAGUCCCACAAAGGUACUUUAAACUUUACUUGAAUACUGAUGCAGCUGGCAAGCAGGUCAGGCUAUUAUCUCUCUCUCUUUUUUUUGUUUAAUGGCUUCCCACCCUUCCUCCUCCACAAUCUUUUUGCCUUGAAGGGAUUUUUAACAGUAAGGUUAACUCCUGCUGUAAAGGGACAGGAUCAGUCGUGGAAAUAAUCUUAUUAGGAGCUGGCUUUUGUCAGAGAUGUGCAGGGUGCUGACACACACUACUGAGAACCCCACCUUUCCUCAUCUGCUUUAAUUACUUGUAGGACAACAGGAAAAAAAAAAACAACACAAAAAUACGUUUUAGGGCAAAAAUGCUUUUGUUUUGUUUUACUUUAUUCUUUUUUUAAGCUUUAAUUCAGAGCAAAGGGUCAGAUUUUGAUCGGAAGUUUAUUUUUGUAAAUGCAAGAGCUGCCAGAGUUCUUUCUGCUUUCACCUCAGAAGAUGGCUUGUGUUUGUUCUUUUACAGCAAUAUAACAAGCAUCAAAAUCUGUCCUGUAUAUCCAACCACUUUUUUUUUUUUCUCCUUAAAUAAACUUGCAGGAGUUUUUGUUUCUCACCCCUGUUAAAUCCCCGCUAGUAUUUAAGAAUAAUUGCACGCAAUAGAGAAGGACUGGACUCCACAAGUGGCCGCACGGUGCGCCAUUGCUUUGCAAUACUGCGCUCUUAGGGUUAUUGGUUUUUUUUUCACCAGGGUUGUCGUUAGUAUUUUUCUUUCCAAAGUAUCUAUUUUUAUGCAUUUGUGACUCCCAUUACUCCUUUAAAGAAUAUUCAUAGAAGAAAAAUAUACAUUUAAAUAUACAUAGAAAAAAAAAGUAUAUAUAUAUAUAUAUAAACGCGGGUUGAUCCAAUUAACAUAACGCCGUCAGCUUAAAAUGUUUAUUUUUAUGCAAAACCUGUGGAUUAUUGUUUGUUUUUUUUUUUUUAAGAUAAGAUUCUAAGUACCAGAGCUGUGGGGUUUUUGUUUGUUUCUUUUUGUCUUGCAAGUAGUUGUUGUAGAACACUUAGAAAGCCGUGCUGAUAUCUAAUUUAUUGUGGGUUGGUUUUCUUUUUUUGCCGUUGUUGAUGUUGUCUUCUGCUGUGUUUGAACCAGAUGACUGUCCCAACAGAAAUCCUUGUAAGGCCUUUUCCUUUAAUUGAGCUUGCAAAGCAACUAUCCAGUACUGUAUUAUCCCUGCAGAAGUGGUAACGCUCUGCAAAGAAGGGAUGUUGUUUUCAGGUCAUGUGAUUGACGCUCAAGUAUUGCCAGUGGAGAGGAUGGCGCAUCUUUCUCCAUUUGCUUCCUUGCAACCACAGCGCCCAUUUCCCCCCCCAGCUUUUAGAUCACGUAGCGUGGGUUACCUAGAUUUUGCUGUGCGUGCAGUAUCACAUCACAGAUUCUAAAAAUGCAGGAUUGGGCCCGCAGGUUGUAAAUUGCCUUAUAUAAGAGUAAGGUGGCAUAGCAGGAAGCUUGUAGAUGGCAGUAUUCUUUGGAAUCAUCUCUUUAUCUCCUGGGUUAUGUUCAGCCUAUAAACAGGCGCAUCUCCUCUGAUUUUCAGGGUUGUUUUUUUUUUUUUAAUCUUCUAAAUACUUUGAUUUUUGGUUUGCUUUACCUGGUGAAAUAAACUUCCCAUUUUCCUUUGGCUUAGGACUGGUUUAAAUAGAAAGAAGGACAGUAUAAACUCCCAAGUAGGCUGUGCCCACAGUGAUUUUUCAGUUUGCAGGCUGAACUGAAAAAUCUGGGGAAAAAGAUGCUGUAAGGGUGGCCUGAAGCUGCGAGGGUGACCUGAGACAAGUUGAUUUUGUUUUCAUUUUCUUGGUGAAAUGAAGAAGGGAAAAAAAAAAAUCAAAACAGGGUUUGCUUUUUCACUUUAUAAAAAACAUUCUGACUCGGGCUAUAAAAAGUUGAUUUGAGGCGCAAAUGUGAAACUUGUUCUGAAAACGCCGAAAGAAAAAUGUUUUAUUGUUAAUAGUCUUUUCGCCUUUGCCUUUUUUUCUUAGUCUGACACAUAGUUUCAAUUAACCCUUAUUUCCCUUUUUGGUGAAUACAUUGUUUGUCCACUGAAGAGAUCCCAAAGAAGCUUAUUGCCCAGUACUGCUCCAAUGACAGGUACACUGGAUGCAUUUCAAGGAUUACCUGGUUAUUCAUCCCAACAAAGCUGCUGUUUCCCCAUCUAAUAAUCUUCCACUGGAUUGUUUUACUGUGUGAACAAUAAAAGCAUCUUUCAGCCCUUGCCAUUGACUGGUAUUGUAACUUGAUUUAAACAUUUUUGCUCUAUCAGUCUCAGUUUGGAAUAGAUUUAUAACUUUAGAUUUAUAACAUUUCUCCAAUUUGAGCCUAAUCCCAUUGUGCAACAGGAAUUCUCAUUUGCCCAAGUGUUAAGAGAAAUUAGGCAUUAUUCUUUCUCCUUUUUUCUCUCUCUCAGCAACAACAGUAAUAGACAUUUACUAGACAGAGUUAGGCAAAGAGGUCCUGGGGUAAAGAUGAGUAUAUUGUUCCAUGUGGGACUCCUGCAGGCUCUGUGUUGCUUUCCAUGGGCAUUCCUCAGCUGUCUGCUUUUACCACCUUUGCAUUUCUUGACUGUGGAGGUCAUGCAUUAAAUGAGAUUGUAGGGGCAUCGUUCCAGGUGCCCGAAGUGAUCUGUUUGCCACAGUCGCUGGCUCUGCAUUUCCUGUUGAACUGUCCAAAGAUUGCAGCCAAGGUAAACAGCCCCAGGUCAAAGGGGUCUUUCUUUUAUUAUAGCCUGGAGCAUUGUAAGGGUUCCAUUUUUCUGCCUGGAAACAGGUGUUAGCUCAAUUUAGUUUUGCAAUGGUGUUUUGAAGGGAAAAGGCCCAAGGCACUUUCUGCUUCCUUAGUGUGGCUGCUGACCCUACUCAUAGUCUGACUUUGAGGUGCAGUUGGCAGGAAUGCUACAAAACAGAUGAGAGCAAAAUUACCACAAGUACUGGGGUGCCUGAGGUCCUCUUGACUUCAGUUACCUCCCGUGUCAGAAUGCUUCCCAGCCUCUUCCUUUGCUCUAUAAGGAUGGCAUUAGCAUAGGGCAUUUCCCACCAGCCUGAAGCACAGAACUGGAAGAUGGAUGUACUUGUGUCUGUCAGCAAAUCCUGUGCAGUACAGCUUGAGGAUGCUGAUAGCAGGAAAACUAAAAAAAACUUUUUUUAUCUGGGCCACCAAAGGAAGCCGUUUCUUGCCACAGCUGGCACAGGUGCUCGCACAUGGAAGCUGAGAAUCAGAAAGUCAUUUCAGAAUUUAUAUUGAUGGAAAUAAAUGGAGAAACUACAGCUGUUAAGACUUGUCCGUAUGAGCUUGUAUUUUGAUGUGUCUCACAGCUAUAAUUCCUUCAUGUGUUUUUAGAGUGUAUUCUGCUAUUCCUGUCCUUAGUCUGCGUUUCAUGUAGAUGGUCCCUACAUGAAUCUUGCCAGAUGCACUUCUGGGCUUACUGCUUCUCUUUAACUGAAUCAAACUGCAAUGACUUUGGCAAUGUACUGGCAAUCUCUUCUGUUAAUUCAGUCUCUGGGUUUAACCGUGAUGACAUGAGAAAUGUUUGGUUUUUUGGGUGGUUUUUUUUUUUGUGGUUUUUUUUUUUUUUGUUUUUAAUUAUUUUAAUUCUUAUUUUAUUUAAACGAAGCUGAACAAUUCCCAUUGUAUUCAGAGCUGUGAUGCCCAGUUCCAGUGAUAAGUACUAGAUGGAUUUGUCCCAUUUUGUUUCUUGGCAAUGUUGAGAAAUAUAAUUUGUGUCAUCUUAA